AUGGACGCACAGAAGAAAGUGAAAAGCAGAUCGGAAGCUAGCACGUCCGAGUGCCAAUUGACUUUAAGAUUGCUGGAAAUGUUACAAAGAACGAAGUACGAGUUGGUCCAAGAGAACGGACAGCGUCGUUUGACUGCCCCCGAGAUAAUUCGCGGAGAAAAGCAACGCACGAAGGGCGCCGAGAUUUUUCUCGGACGUCUGCCACGCAAUUGUUACGAAGACGAACUGAUGCCAAUUCUCGAACAAGUGGGUCGUUUGAUUGAACUGCGGUUGAUGCUCGAUUUUUCUGGAUCUACACGCGGUUACGCGUUCGCAUUGUUCGAGAAUUCGAAAAUCGCUAGGCGAGCAUGCGCGAAGCUCAACGGUUACGAGAUCAGACCUGGUCAUCGUAUCGGCGUCGUUAAAUCGGUAGACAAUUGUCGGUUAUUUUUCGGCGGUGUGCCAAAGAACAAGAGCAAAGAAGAGUUCUUUGAAGAGCUGAACAAGAUCCUCGACGGGAUCGUCGACAUUUAUCUGUAUCCAAGCGCCCACGACAAGACGUUGAAUCGCGGUUUCAUCUUCGUCGAGUUCAAGGAUCACAGGGCUGCCGCCAUGGCGAGAAGGAAAUUAAUUCCUGGGAAAAUAAUGUUAUGGGACCACGAAAUUGCUGUCGACUGGGCCGAUCCCGAACCUGGAGAUCCCAUCGACGAGGAGAUUAUGGAAACGGUUACCGCUUUGUUCGUGCGAAAUCUUUCGUUAGACAUUCAGCAACAGAAAGUUCGAGACAUAUUUCAGAAGACCACGAAAAUCCCUAUAUUGAAGUUGAAAAAAAUUAAUCACUUUGCGUUCAUUCAUUACGAAAACCGCCAAGCAGCUCAGACCGUAAUGGACAUUAUGACAAGACCUGGCGGUGUUGCUGACGCGGAAGGCUGGGAAAUACGUUGGGCAAAGCCAAUCGGAGCUACGAAAGUUUUGGAAAGGCAGCGAUGUAUCAACGAGGCAGUGGCAAAGUCGAAUUCCCAUAAAUUCGAACCAAAUCGUGGCAAGCAUACUCCACCGAAGAAAGCCAACGUCAAAGAUGUGGCGGAUUUGAACGAUAACAGUAUAAAGGACGUAUCCUCCAUACACAUGACCGCCUUGAAGAGUUUCAUAAAAGAAAAGUUCAACGCUGCCUGCUGUUUCAAUUGUGUACACAUUCCAACGCCCUCGAGUUAUAUGUGCAAAAUAACUAUCCUCAAAGAGACGACUCUUCUUUUCGAAUAUCAUGGAAAUCUGAUGCCCACGAAGCAAGAUGCGAUCUCUGAAGCCUGCUCUAAGAUGUACCAUCUCAUUUCUACUACGUUCCAGAAUUGCGCGCUGCAACAACAAAAUGAAUUCUACCGCAUGGAACAAAAGCUAGGUAAUUCUGCUAUUCUGUCGAAUCAUCACUGGAAUAACGAAAUUGAUUAUAACUAAUUUACUUAACCAUACGACGAUCGUUCAUAUUAUUUAUAACGUAGAGAUCCGAAAGCAUGAUAGCUGGACAUCAAGAAAAUUCUAAACACUUGAAUUCAAACACGUUUUUAAGUUGAUCAUUUUUAAUCUUUUAAGAUGAAAUUCGAAUUCAAUUUUAAUCGAAAAUUUUUACGGUCGAGUUGGGACUUAAUCCAAUUUCCGAAAGACCUUCGCCGCAACAAUUCGAUUUUGAUAUAUUUAAUGUUAAACAUGGUGCACGUUUUUAUUCAUUAAAAAAUAAUGCUAGAGAGUAGGCGCGACUUUUAAAACUGAAGCUUGACAAAAAUGGAUCGUAUGCUGAUCUUGAAAGAUAAUUCAGAAAAUCUGAUAAUCGCAGGUUCUCUACGUUAAACAUUAUACAUUUCAAAUAUCAACUUACCGAUUUUAAUACGUUAAACAAAUAUUU